CGUCAAUGCAACGAUGGGACAAUUGUUGCCGUCAGCAGCACGGGCGCUAGAGAGCACAAAUGCGGUACUCAAUGCCAUGGGGACUUUGAUUCACGGACGACCCGGCGAACACUACGCCUGGAAUGAAGUGCCCAGGGAAGAUGUGCUUGGUUUAUGAAAAGAUUAUAGAUACUUACUUACAUGUCAAAAGCGUUUCUUGAGCCGUAAGCAGCCUCUCUCUCUAUUUGAUACCCGGCUGCUAUGUAUUCAAUUUCAAAAAAGUUGAAGUUCGUAGUGCUAUACAGGGACGAUGAACGCGCUCGUUGUAGUACUCAUGAUUUUGAUGUGGUCUGUGGCUCUUGAUCUACAUGUGGCUUAAUCCCAAGAACAUCGUCAUUUCUUCCUUGUUCAUAUGAUGGGGGUGUUGGUGUGCCUGUUUUAUUGCACGAAUUCCAGGACGCUUUGUUCGAGUUCUUCUUUCGAGAGGAGGACGCCGGUGAACCCCAGGAGGAGGACGAG